AUGUUUUGGAUUGAGGACCUCGCGCUGACGCUGGACGCUGAGGAAAUGAAACGGAAGAUGCACGAGGACGUGAUCUCCUCCAUAGGGAACUUUCUUAUUUACGUGCCCAUGCUGCGAGUCACUCAGUUUAUCUUAAAGAAAUUGGAUAGUAUAUGA